GCUCUCCGCACGCCUGCAGCGGAUCCCCUUUGCUCCAGGGAAAGAGUCGUUGUGCCGAAGCUGCGUUGCAGGCCUAAGAGAAUUCUCGUGCUGCUGUGGUAGAGCCUAACAUACCCCUCGUUGGCUCUCCUGGUGGCCAUUCAACAGGUGUUCCUGCAAGGUUAGCGCAGAUCCGAUCGACACUUCACUCGGCUCCCCAGGAGUCUUUGUUGUUGUACGAACUGUCGACUCCCAGGGACCUUUCGAUCAUCUGGUCUGUUUCUUCAUUCACUUUCCCCCUUCUUCAAGCAAGGGUUUGGAUUGUUCCUUCCUGCAUUUGUCCGAUCAGGCUAUCUCCGGCGCCCAACUGCAGUUUCAUCGUUGCCUACGGCUAUACCAUACGUUGCCACCGGCAAUCAUGGGUUCCCUACGGCUUCGCAUCGAUGGCCGCACUUUCAAGGAUCCGCAGAAUCGGGAGAUUACACUAAGGGGAAUCAACGUGGCCGGUGAAUCCAAGUACCCCAAGAACCCCGAUACCCCUUCCUACGUAUCCGAUUCCUUCUUCGACGCCGAUAACGUUUCGUUCGUCGGCCGGCCCUUUUCCCUUGACGACGCGCACACACACUUUGCAAGGUUACGCAAAUGGGGCUACAAUACUCUGCGAUACAUCUUCACCUGGGAAGCGAUUGAACACGAAGGGCCCGGAAAGUACGACGAUGAAUGGAUAGCAUUUACGAUCGAAGUCCUGCGAGUUGCCAAACAGUAUCAAUUCUAUGUUUUCCUCGACCCUCAUCAGGAUGUGUGGUCUAGACUAUCGGGAGGGUCCGGUGCGCCAGCCUGGACGCUUUACGCGGCAGGCUUGAACCCCAGAGCGUUCAAGAAGACCGAAGCUGCUCUUGUCCAGAAUACAUAUGACAACCCUGCAGAAUUCCCCAAAAUGAUCUGGAGUACAAAUUACACCCGUCUGGUCUGCCAGACCAUAUUCACGCUAUUCUGGGGAGGCCGGGACUUUGCUCCUAAGGCGGUCAUCGAUGGCAUGAAUAUACAGGACUACCUACAAGGCCAUUUCAUUGCGGCUUGUAGAUACUUUGCGGAGAAGAUCCACGAGGCCGGCGAUAUCGAGAGUGAGGUUGUCAUCGGAUGGGAGAGCAUGAAUGAGCCGCAUCGGGGUCUCAUCGGGGUACAAGACAUUUCCGUGAUACCCCCGGAACAGCAGCUCCAACUGGGAACAUCACCAACUGCUUUUCAGGCCAUGUUGACUGGUUCGGGGCGGGCGUGCGAGCAAACUACCUGGGCCUUUGGCAGCUUUGGCCCUCACCAGACCGGCAGGGAACUCGUGGACCCUGAGGGUGAGUCCGCAUGGCUACCGGCAGACUAUGAUGACCAGAAGUACGGGUGGAAGAGAGACCCGGAUUGGAAACUGGGUGAAUGCCUUUGGGCGCAACACGGAGUAUGGGAUCCAUCAUCGGACCAACUUCUACGGAAAGACUACUUUGCCAAACGGCCACAGACCGGAGAGCCCUUGGAUUACGAUAAAUUCACCAACUCGUAUUUCUUGGAACAUUACCGGGCGUAUCGAGACGCCCUCAGAAGCGUCUGGCCGGGUGCCAUUAUGCUGUGCCAACCGCCGGUCAUGGAAAUACCCCCGGAUUUGAAGGGAACAAUCGACGAUGACCCUAACAUGGUGCAUGCGGUACAUUACUAUGAUGGCCUUACGCUCUUAACAAAGCACUGGAACCGAUUGUAUAAUGUAGAUGUGAUUGGUGUCCUGCGGGGCAAGUAUCUCACCCCAGCAUUUGCUGUCAAGAUCGGAGAGUCAGCCAUCCGGAAUUGUCUGCGUGACCAGCUCAAGUUCCUCCGAGACGAAAGUCUAAGGUAUAUGGGGAAUCAUCCCCUGGUCUUUACCGAGAUCGGUAUCCCCUAUGACAUGGAUGACAAAUAUGCAUACAAGACCGGAAAUUAUAGCAGUCAAGUCAGUGCCAUGGAUGCGAACCACUUUGCAUUAGAAGGAAGCAACGGCAAUGGCUUUACAUUGUGGCUCUAUACCACUACGAACAACCACGAGUGGGGCGAUAACUGGAAUGGCGAGGAUCUGUCAAUCUACUCCCUCGACGACCUGGAGCUUCCGAGUGGAAAGCUUCUGGCGUUGGAGGGUGAGUCCCGAUCGGAUCCGGACCCUCAUUCGCCCGCGUAUUCGGAAAGUCAAGGCAACCCCGACAACCAGCGGGUUGGACCCGAGAACCUGAAGGAUGCUCUGCCCCCACCUUCCAUCACGUCGGAGUACACCCAGUCCAAUGCGGAUAAACUAGGGUUCCGGGCCGGGGAGGCCUUCAUCCGGCCCAGUCCGAUCUACACCCACGGUCUGGUCUCGAAGUAUCUCUUUGAUCUCCGCAACUGCACGUUCACUCUAUCGUUGGUCGGCAAGGAAAGGCCCAUUGGGGACGAGACGGCGACCGAAAUUUAUCUACCCGAGUUCCAUUUCCCGGACACGGAGACGGUGGUCUCGGUCAGCAGUGGCGAGUGGACGAUCGAUUAUACGGAGAUCAACUCGAUCAAGGUGCAGCGGCUUCGCUGGUGGCAUAUGGAAGGGGAUCAGGAUAUCAAAAUCCAAGGUGUCAAGCGGAAGCCGGGGGACGUGAGUGGCGUCUCGGGGGAUGAUCUGACUUAUCUGGAGCAAUGCCAGACGGGGGGUUGUAAGGUGAUGUAGAUGGCUGGACCAUCGUGGGUCAUUACCUGACGAUAUUUCCUUGGAGGCAUAAUGGCAUUGUUGUGCUUAGUUGGGGGUUUCAAUGUGGCCGUGUCACUAUAUCCUCCGUCAUUAACUCAAGAUGUUUCCUCAUG